UGCGUAUUAUUUCUGUCAUAAGUUUUAACAAUUCAACGUCGGAGUUAAUGGCGCUAGUGUAUAUGGGAUUCUCCAUAGUUGCAUUUCAUUUAGUGUAUUGUACUAUGUAUCUUGUAAAGUAAUCGAUAAACGUUUGGUGCCGGUUAUUUACUAAGAAGCUGUGUUUAACGUUUUAUACGCUCUUUGUGAAUUAUAAUGGAAAGUCUUGUGUACGUGUCCGCAAAUGAUGUGAUCAAACAACAAUAGAAGAUUCUUAUUGGUUUUUAUCACGGGUUUAAACGAAUUUAAACAGAAGAGAUGCUUCAUGCCGGGCGGUCACUUGAGUAAUAAGCCGGUGUCGGCUGAAGAGUACUCGGCUUGCAACGAGGAGUUGCAGCUAGAGCAUCUGCUCCAGAGGCAACUGGAAGAAGAUGUCGCUAGAAUAUUUGAUGAGUCUAUUUUUUCUGAUCUCGAAGUGGUGUGUGGAAAACUAAAAAUACUAACUCAUUCCUGCAUCUUACAAGCACGCACUGAUAAAUUUUAUCAUAAGCUUCAUACAAUCUUGCAUGUGAAUAUCGAACGCAACACUUUUGAUGAAAUCUAUUCCUACAUAAGCGAUGUAUAUACUGAAUGCAACCUUCAACACGAAGAAAAAGAAAUAAUCGCUUAUCUGGAACACAAUUUGUGCGUUGAAUCUAUCCAAGACAAGAUCACUAAAUCUAAGGAAACAGAAGAAUCAGAGGUGUUUUUAACACCCAAGUGCAUAACUCCAUACGUAGAAAACGACGUCCAGAAAGUAAUUAACUCUAGUCCUAGUACCGAGUUAACUAAAGAAUACUAUGCGUUAGUGCCAAUUGAAGGAAACUUAUUCGACAAGGAACUUAUCGAGCAGGACGAGCUCUCUAAUGCCUUCCAUUCUAUAAUAAAGAAUCAAACUGAGGAAACAACUCAAGUAAAACCUGUCCAGCACAACAAACCUACUUCGCUAUCUCUUAAUUCUAGUCAUAUACCCAAAACAGUCAAACAUUCCAGUAGUUGUGAUAUUUUAAAUAAAAUAUGCUUAAAGGAAAACAAUUUUCCAAAACAAAACAAUUUUAAAAUACUCUCUGAGCUUAAAACUAACCAGUCAUUCUCAGCAAGUGAAUGCAAUUCUUCUAAGAAACUUUACUCUACUCUUGUGGGCUCUGACAAGACAUUGGAUCCCGCGUACUCGCCGGACAGUUUAAUUACAGACGAACCAAGUUCCUCUUCAGAUUACCUGUCCGCUGCGUACACUUGUUCUCCAGGCGUUAGCUCGUCUGGUGUACUUCAAGUAAAUGUUGGAAACAACACGUCCAGAAUGGAAAACAUUUAUACGUUGUCUGAUUCUGGUUUAGACGACACUGCUAUUCUAGGUAGCGUCAGUAGUCAUAAGGACGUAACCCUAACUAACGUGUCUCUAUCUGAAAAUACUCUUCAUGAUUUAAUUGCUGAUGAUGCCAGCAUCUCAGCGAUGUCUAUUCCUAGUUCUUUAGGAGAAAAGAGUAACUUUCAAAGAACAAAACUGAGUGGGGCUUCUUCUGAAAAAGAUUGCAAUGGCCAAGGUUCCUUCUCGGAAAUGUGUGGGAAAUCACUAAAAGAAGAAAAACAAAGACAAAACGAAGAAAUAGUAAUAUUGGAGUCUUCUUCUCUAUCUUCUGAAACGGGUUCAUGGGAGUCAGUAUAUCCACCAAAACUAAUUGAAAAAGAUUUAUGCGAAAAGUUUUUGGACAAUGAGCGUCAGCAUCAUCUUGAAGAAGAUAACUUAAACAAACCUUCAGACGAUCAAGUCUCGAAUAAUUUUGAAAAUAAAUCACCUUAUAAAUCAACUGCUUGUUUUAUCGAUGCAUCCAGUCUGGUCGAUGAAGAAGAAGAAAUCAUCAGGGCAGAAACUGUGAAGAACACUGAAGAUACCAACGUCAAAUUAGACAUAUUACCAGCACCAAGUCAACCAGUGCCGUGUUCAACAGUGAAACUGGAUAUUAGCCCAAUAGACUGGUCAGAAAGUAUUGAUAAUGAAGAUUCAUUAGAACAAGCCGAUAAAAAAGAUCCGGAUUCCAUUCAAAAAGAUCUGUCUCCUACGAUUUUCGAAAUGACUCCAAUAACAGAAGACUCUCUUUGCGCCAAUGCAUUUGAUGCAGUUCAAUCUGAACUAGUUAUGGAAGCAGAAGAGAGUAAUAAUUACACAUCGGACAAAGAAGGAUCUCUCCGUACAAGUGUUGUUUUUAUGUCCAAUACACCUAAUAAUUCAAUUAUGUCGGUAACAGCAUAUAAACAAUAUGACUCAAAAGAUAUGGAAAGUGAUAAAACACUUGCAGGUUCAGAAUCAGAACACACUUCCAGAACUGAAAGAAAAGGUAGUCGUUCUCCACCCAUUUUAUCUGGCGGUGUAUCGGUUGAAGAUCACUUGCCUCAAAUAGGUAGUCACGAGAGUAGUCCGUUGCCAAAGUUUAAAUUGGAGAACACACCGAUUGUUACCGGCGCAUUUGUAUUAUCACAACAAACGGAGCAGAGUCAAUGCAAAACAAGAACAAGUUCUGCUUCGGCUUGGGUGGUCGAUAUGUCCAUUGAUCCCAAAACAGAUAACACAAAUCCUACUAACAAAUCGGCUGAUGCGAGCGUAAAUGAAAAAAAGAACAUAUUUUCCAUGUAUAUUGAUCUCGGAGAUAAAACAACAUUAAAGGACAUGCCUGCUAGACUAACGUCUUCGAUAAACAAUAAAAAGAAUUCAGUAAAUGAAAGUAAGCCAACCCUCCGUAAUUCUAAAUCAAGUACAGAGCGUAACUUAAAGGACACUGAUACUAGUGUCGUAAUUUUUGAAAAGUAUGAAUCUUUGUGCAAUGACCCUAGUAUAAGUAUUUCUGAAAUUAUUGCUAUACCUGACAAAACAGUUAUUCCGGAAAAUGUGGAAAAUUCUGUUACAGAAUUAAAGCCCAAAGUCACCCAGUCGCGCGGUGGAGAUAUGUCGUCACUCAAAACAACAGAAGAGGAAACAGAAUUAACAAAUGAACAAGAAGCCAAAGAUCUUUUUGUAAAAUUGUCAGACUUGGAUAAACCAGUGCAGAAAUCAGAAGCUUUGCUCUCUGUAAACACCAGAGAAGUCAAUGUGCGAAUGACGCGAUCUAUUCCUGACUGGAGUGAACCAGCCUUCUCAACGAACUCGAAAUCCAUUGAAGUUAUUACUUCAUUCCACUCGGAGAAUGCGCUUAGUUUGAAUAGAUUAUUCCCGCAUUUGCAAAAUGAAUUUAGUAGAAGUAUGCCAGGUUCGUUGUCCAGCCGAACUCGAUCCCCGCUAAGACUCGGGACUUCGAGCACUCUCGGAGAUGCGGAGGAACAGGGAUCAGAUAUGUCAGAAAUAAGUAGCAUGCAGAGCAGCAACGGUCGUUCAGGCUUCGGCAACAGUACAACAGACAGCCAAACAUCAAGUCUAAUAGAGAACUGCACGUCACGCCUCGGUCAGGACUUACUGCGCAUGUUCCUUGAAGAAAUAGCUCCGGAUGUCAUAGUCGAGGUCUCCGGCAAGAGGUUCAAAGCACAUAAAUGUAUUUUAUCAUCCAGGUGUCAGUACUUCGCGGGUAUACUCAGUGGCGGCUGGGUAGAGAGCCUUGGCAACGUUAUCGUAUUACCACCAUUUUCCUACAACGUGGUGUACUUUGCGUUGUGUCACAUUUAUUCCGGCCUCGCUACCAUCCCGGACUCUGUCAGCAUCGUGGAACUGGCCACCAUAGCAGACAUGUUAGGGCUGGAGGGGUUGAAGGAAGCCAUCAUGUUUACACUCAAAGCUAAAUACUGUCAUCACUUCCAUAAGCCGUGUGCGGUGUGCAUAGUCGGGGUUCUGGAAUGUUUUCCAUUGUCUUCCGUAUACGGUUUGGACGAUCUGUACCACAAAUGUCUCAAGUGGAUAACGAAAAAUUUCUCCAAAGUAUGGCCUACUAAGGCUUUCGCCACUCUACCGACCGACCUAUUAGAUAAAUGUUAUCAGCAUCACAUUGUGAACCUCGCAAUAGAUAAUGUGAUCGACACGGUCUACGGAUGCGGUAUCACUAUGUCCUCUCUGCAAAACAGUAGAUGGUCCGAGAGCGUCGCAAGAAUGUGUCGCAGACUGAUCAGUGCGGCUGCGCACUUCGCGGCCCCCAAGCUGGUGUCCAUCUUCCAAGUGAUAAUCGCUUUGCCUAACGACGCUCCAAGUGCUGCCAAGCAGGCCUUGGACGACUUUCUGUCGGCGGCAGUCGAGUGGGCACCUCCAGAAGAAGUCUGUCGUGCUUAUGGCUAUCUCUCAACAAUAGUCAAAGAAGUUCGUAAUCAGCACUACAGCAAACCAGAUUUGAUAAGUAAUAGCACGGGAAGCUACAGAAGUUAUGGCUCCAACAGCUUGCUAUACACGCACGCGAGCAGUUGGCGGUUGCAAUGCGAAGGUGCUUUAGUGCGAGCCUCACCCCGCGUCGUGUCUACGCAGGCUUUUAAGGAUUUACCUUCUGAAUUACGUAAGAGGUUACGAGAACUUGGUUGCAUAAAAUACGGAGCGCAUGCCAUACCCGUGACUCCUCCUGUACCUGUUCAAGAAAAGAAACCAAGAAGUAAAAAUACUCAGACGAGAAUUAGUAAAAUUACUUCAAGUACGACUCGCAGUGUUGACAUCGCACACGUACGCGCCUCGUUUGUACCGUAUGCUCCGAAACCGGUACUCCCACUCGGAUCCAUCGAUACUCUAAAGAGCAAUACUGACCUCAGAGAUUUUAGGAAACCUCUCACUAGUACUCAACCACCAAAAGUGAGAACUACUAAAGCGCAAGAAGAGCGAGCCAAAUUUAACAAGUUCAAGUCGGCAGAAUCUCAAGAUCGUUUAAACGGUAAAUCGACAGCAACCCGUGCUCCGCCCUUUGAAAAAACAAAGCCAAGAUAUUUGGAGCCCAAGGGUAAGAAUAGGCAGACGACUAUAAUAAAUAAGCAUUUACCUAAAAUUGAUUCAUCUAGCGAGUCGUCCCGUAAUCCGAGUCCUGUUCAUGCAAGAAAUUUGAGGUCGAGUCAAAAAACUCUGCGAGGAACGGAGGCCCAGACGAUGUCGCAGGACAGUCUGGCCACGAGCUCCAGGCCGCGUACUGCAGAGCCCUCCACCGACUCACUCAGUGAGUCGCAGACCAGCAAUAAAUACGGCACCUAUACAAAAGCUAAGCACACCAAGGGCUCUGUCGAAUCUAUCAAAAUUACUAAAUACCAAAACCCCACUAACAAAAAAACCAAGAUACCAGUGCUUUUGAAUCAAACUCCCAAAGCCAAAGGGCCGGAGACCAGGAAUUCGAGAGAUGCUCAGAAAUCAGGACCGUUGAUGUUAAAGAACAGUCUGUCUAACACGCGGUCUAGUGACCGUAAAGUACCGGGCUCCUUAAUGAAUGCCACCAAGUCAAGCUCCGCCAAAAUCGUCCCAAAGGUAGUAAGAGAUACACCACCCAAGAGUAUGACGUCAAAGAACCAAAAGCAUGCACACUCGAGCCGACAGCAACAACAUGAGGAGAAGGAGAAUCCGCCUCUCAAGGAAAUACCUACCAUGGAACGUUCCGGAACAUUCUUGAAAGAUGAGCCUACCUUCGGCGAUAAAACAACUAAUAUAGACAUAGACCAAUAGAAAUUUCCAUUACAUUAACAUAUUAGCAAAAUCUAUAAAAAAAACUUAAUAUUUUAUAAUGGAAACAUUUAUAAAUUUUAACUCUGUAACUCGAAAUCUAAGUACCUGUGAGUCGAUGUCUUUCCGAUAUAAUCUGAAAGCUAGCUUAGUAUUAAGAAAAUUAGAGACUGACUAAUUCUGUUAAUUUCAUAAAUCUGAUUUUCAUAAUAUCGUUUCUAUGGCAUUCUAAUUAUGGUGUCGCGAAGAGGCUCUCUUGAUGAGUGUAAAUAACAAUUAUUUCUUACUAUAACUUACCUGAUAUACUGUAUCUGCGAAUAUCUUAGCCGAAUCAACCGUGACAGUGUUAGCAAUGAACUGCUUUGAACGAGUCGAUAAAAAUAUCCAGAUUGGAUAAAACAUAUUAUUACAACAAGAUAUUUCUAAUCAGAUAUUUAAAGAAGGAAUGAAAGGUAAAACAACAGAUGAAGAAACAUAAUGAACUGGAAGCCGAAGAUCUUUUCGUGAAAUUGUCACACUCUGAUAAACUAAUGCAAAUUUCAAAAGCUUUAUUUUCUGUGAACAACAGAUAGUCGGAGUGAUGUAUAAUUAAAAACUUUAUUCCGCCAAAACAAUGACCGUUUCGUAGUCCAGCUAAACCAAUCACCUUUAAGACUGGGGCUGCCAAGAAUUGUCAGCAAUGCAGUGUAACAGGGGUCAGAUAUGUCAGAAAUAAGUAGCAUGCAGAGCAGCAACGGUCGUUCCUUCGAUACUGAAUGCAAACUG